UACACAGUUACGCAUUGCAAGAUAGAGCCCAGCGACACAUAUCCUAGGCUCACCUGUGCGCGUAGACAGGAGUCUGUCAUCGAGUCGUGAAUCAUCAUUUCGAAGAACCACACCGUAUAGAAGAUAGCAAUAAUGGAUUCUUCCGCGGCCAACUCCAAUGGACCCCCCACGCCAGGUGGCAGGAUAGAACCCCCCCCUCCUCCGUUGUCAUUUGUGAAUCUCAUGGCUCUUGAACGACUUGAUGACCCGAAUAACCGGCCAGAUGGUGACAAUGAAAAGAUCGAGAAGUUCCGUUCGCUGGCAACCCCCUAUACCCCAGUCACCGGCCCUAGGGUUUUCGGCGGACAUAUCUAUGCCCAGUCGGCCUAUGCCGCAUCAAAAACCGUCAAAAGAGGGUUUGUCAUACAUAAUAUAUCUGGGUCAUUUAUCCGGCAAGGACGAAACUAUACCCCAUUUGCGUACACAGUUCGGCACAUCCGAGAUGGUCGGAAUUAUUGUGUUCGUGCAGUAGAUGCACGGCAAAAAGGCAAGAUAUGCUUCUCAUGCAUUUGCUCGUUCAAGCGGGCCGAAAGGCAGACCCCAUUUCGUCACCAGCCAGCUCCAGCGCAGGAAACCUACAGGGCAAUACUCGACAGAAAACGGCCCGAAGAUCAUCCUCUUAGCCCAUGUAUAGACGUGGACUGGUGGAUGCAACAAGUCGAAGAAGGGAGCGUUAGCGAACAAAUCUUUCCCGGGCUAUAUGCGAGAAAGGCAGACAUGAAAGGGUACAAUGAGACCGAUGAUGUCAAAAAAAACCCCGAAAAGUACCGUCAAUUGAUGAUAUACUGUCUCAGGGGAUCACCAGACGAGAGCGCAGCAGUCUCAGCAGAUAACACUGGACUGAAAGAGAAGGAUAAAUCCGGAGAAUACGACAACCUCUAUGCCUGCGCUCACUUGUACGCAUCCGAUAAAAACUCUCUUUUCCUGGCUGCGCGUGCCUUGGGCCACCAGACCUAUUCCGCGAUGGCUAGUCUCAGUUUAACAGUGAUCUUCCAUGAGCACGGCGAAGCACUGCGAAUGAUUGACUGGGACGCAGAAUCACAGCAGAAAGACGAACCUUCGUCCAGGAAGUGGUUUAUACAGGAAGCCUGGACGCCUCGAUCCGGCGAUAAUAGGGUGGUCCACGAAAGUCGUCUGUGGAGUCCAGAUGGAACAUUGCUGGCGACUACACUACAAGACGGUCAACUUCGCCUCCAUGAACGUGAAGGGAAGCUGUAACAUGUGGAUUGUAUACAUUCCACCUUUAAUUUACAUAGAAAGCAGCCCUAUUUUUGAGCAAUUGUUUUGUCUGAAUCUACAGGACAUUGUGUGUCAUGCAGGUAUCCAAGUAUGGAUGGAUGCAGUGCUUUAGACAUCCUAUCAUGCACUUAGAUAACGCAUUUAGAUCACUUGCAUAGAAAUACCAAACAAG